AGAAACAUUUCCAAAUUCCUCAGGAUGGUUUUCAUGUCUCCACCAUUUAUACUCAGUCAGUUGGAAUGCCGGAAACCUCUACAGGUAGAAGGCCGAAAAGAGUUAGAGAAAGUUCAGCUGAGUGCAUUCAAGCUAGUGUUCAUUUUCCGGAGGACAGAAAUGAGAGUCAAAUGCUCAGGGAGUAUCAAGAUGAAACUGUACCAGGAAUUUACAAUAGCACUGAGCUUCACAUGCAUCCUUCUUUUUAUCGAGCUAUUCCCAUUACUGGUCUCUGCGGAGUGUUCAUGUGACUUGGGAAAUGGGGAAAAACGAAACAAAAGAGAAGCUCUGAAAUUCAAAUUAACAGCAAUAGCAUCAAUACUAGUAGCAAGUGGAAUUGGUGUUUGUAUACCAAUUCUGGGUAAAAGAAUAUCAGCAUUAAGACCAGAAAACAAUAUAUUCUUUAUGAUAAAAGCAUUUGCAGGUGGAGUUAUAUUAGCAACAGGGUUUAUACAUGUCUUACCAGACGCUUUUGAGAAUUUAACAUCACCAUGUCUGAAAGAAAAUCCAUGGGGUUUUCCAUUCAGUGGUUUUAUAGCUAUGAUAUCUGCUAUUGGUACAUUAAUGGUGGAUACAUUUGCAACUAGUUAUUAUAAGAGAUCACAUUUUAAUAAAGCUUUACCAGUUACUAUAGAUGAAGAACAAAUUGGUGAACAUGCUGGUCAUGUUCAUGUCCAUACUCAUGCUACUCAUGGUCAUGCUCAUGGUUCUGCUUUCCUUGAUUCAUCUGCUCAUGAUACUUCUGAUUCUUCUUCUUCUUCAGAACUUAUUCGUAAUCGGGUUAUCUCACAAGUAUUGGAGUUGGGCAUUGUGGUUCACUCAGUAAUUAUUGGAAUAGCUUUAGGUGCUUCUCAAAGCCCUUCUACAAUAAAACCCCUAGUUGCUGCCCUGACAUUUCAUCAGUUUUUUGAAGGCAUGGGACUUGGUGGUUGCAUCUCUCAGGCAAAGUUCAAGAGUAAAGCAGUUACUAUUAUGGCAUUGUUCUUCUCACUAACUAACCCAUUCGGUAUCGGAAUUGGUAUAGGAAUAUCCAAUGUUUACAAUGAGAAUAGCCCAACUGCUCUUAUAGUCGGAGGUGUUUUCAACUCUGCAUCGGCUGGAAUAUUAAUCUACAUGGCUCUUGUUGAUUUACUUGCAGAAGAUUUCAUGAAUCCAAGAAUGCAAACCAAUGGUAGACUUCAGUUAGGUGCUUAUAUUUCACUGCUGCUGGGAGCAGGUUGUAUGUCUCUUUUGGCUAAGUGAGCUUGAAACUGUAUCUUGUUAGCUCGAGAAAAAAAAAAAGGAAGAGGCAGACAGUUUUAUGUUUGGCAAAAGUGGGUUUGUCAUUUGUAGGUUGAGGAUAACAACAUAAGUAUGGUUCAUGUUGAUAUCAGUACUCUA